AAACUUGGAUGAACGCGUUGUUGUUAUUGUUGUUGUACUCGUUAAAAUAGUUGCUGUAGAUUUCUGUCACCGAGUUUGCUUUCUGUAAAGCAGUGAUGUGUUGGGGUGUUUUUCCCUUCCAGUUUGCUUGGUCUCGUGUGAGUUUCUGACCAACAAAAAACACCACGUUGCACUCGCUGCACUUUGAUCGCAAAAAAAUAAAGACAAGGUGCAUUUGUCUUCCCUGAGAUCUCUCCCUCUUUUUUACUGCGUCUGAUGUAACAGUGACUGAUUUCUGACCUGAAGUUCCUGUGGGAGUGUCUGGACUUCAGCUGUGAAAGCAGCAGCUCACAUCCCACUGACAACAGCACCAGAGUGUGUCUUACACCAGUGAUCAAUCUUCCAGUUCUGUCAGCAUGAUUGAAAUCAAGAAGAUUUGCUGUAUUGGUGCUGGAUACGUAGGGGGUCCAACAUGCAGUGUGAUUGCACAGAUGUGUCCUGAAAUUUGUGUCACUGUCGUGGAUAUUAACGAAACAAGAAUAAAGGCCUGGAAUUCUGACAAGCUUCCUAUCUACGAGCCAGGGCUGAAGGAAGUAGUUGAAUCUUGCAGAGGGAAGAAUUUAUUCUACUCGACUGACAUUGACGGAGCCAUUCGAGAAGCUGACUUAAUAUUCAUUUCUGUGAACACCCCCACGAAAACAUAUGGACUGGGCAAAGGCCGGGCUGCAGACUUGAAGUAUAUUGAAUCCUGCGCUCGGAGGAUAGUGGCAGUUUCCAAUGGGUACAAAAUAGUGACUGAGAAAAGCACAGUGCCUGUGCGAGCCGCCGAGAGCAUCCGCAGGAUAUUCCACUCAAACGCAAAACCAAAUCUAGAGCUACAGGUGCUGUCAAACCCAGAAUUCCUUUCUGAAGGGACUGCAGUUAAGGAUCUGAAAAACCCAGACCGAGUGCUGAUCGGGGGAGAUGAGACCCCGGAGGGUCAGAAGGCUAUCCAGGCUCUCUGCUCAGUGUACAAGCAUUGGGUACCAAAGGACAGAAUCAUCACCACCAACACAUGGUCCUCAGAACUUUCCAAACUGGCUGCUAACGCUUUCCUUGCUCAGAGAAUCAGCAGCAUUAACUCGAUCAGUGCUCUGUGUGAGGCCACUGGGGCAGAUGUUGAGGAGGUGGCACGUGCGAUAGGAAUGGAUCAGAGGAUUGGGAGCAAAUUUCUCAAAGCCAGUGUUGGAUUUGGAGGGAGUUGCUUUCAGAAGGAUGUCCUGAACCUGGUAUAUUUAUGUGAAGCCUUAAACUUAACUGAAGUAGCUCAGUAUUGGCAGCAGGUGAUUGACAUAAACAACUAUCAGCGCCGAAGGUUUGCUACCCGCAUUAUUGACUGUCUUUUCAACACAGUGACAGGCAAAAAGAUCGCCCUAUUGGGAUUUGCUUUCAAAAAGGACACCGGAGACACAAGGGAGUCGUCCAGUAUUUAUAUCAGCAAAUAUUUACUGGAUGAAGGUGCUAAGCUCCACAUCUAUGACCCAAAAGUACCCAAAGAACAGAUCAUUCAAGACCUGUCACAGCCCAACAUCUCUCAUGAUCUCCCUGAUCAAGUGUCGUGUUUGGUCACUGUAUGCACUGAUGCAUAUGAAGCCUGUAAAGGAUCACACGCUAUCAUUAUCUGCACUGAGUGGGAUGAGUUCCAGGUGCUGGAUUAUGGAGUUAUAUAUAAGAACAUGUUAAAACCAGCUUUUGUGUUUGAUGGUAGACGUGUUCUAGAUGGCCUGCAUUCGAAACUUCAGAAGCUGGGAUUCCAGAUCGAAACUAUUGGCAAGAAGGUGGCUGGACAGGGAGUUCCUUUCACAUCCAGGGCAGAAGUUGCUAAACUGAGUUUACAGGAACCUCCACCAAAGAAAAUCAAGGUGUAAAAUUUUGGAUGAAUUAUGUCUAUGUGUCUUUUUUAAUGAAAGCAAAAUUAUGUGAAAGUUCCACAGAAGGAACAUCAACAUUCAUACCUAACGAUUAAUGAACAAAAUCACAAAAAAAUCAUUUUUAUGAAGGUAACUCUAUGGUGCAGAAAGAUGUUUUCACAAUCUUACCCACCACAGUUUAAUGUCAGCUGCACAGAUGUUUGCUUGUAAUGGUUCAUCUUAAGUAUCAAGCAGGACGAUUUUGUGUAGCUAGUAACCAGGUUGAUCUUGUAACCACUGAGAAAUGGAGACAGAAGAGGAAUUCUACCAUCUUGUGGUUAGUAAAACGUCUCUCAAAUUUCAGGAAAUGUGCAAUUCACAGGGAACAUGUAACAAUCACGUAUAAAAUUGAAUAUCAACUCUUUUUGUCAUGUCUUAUUUGUGGUAGACAUCAAUGUUAAAUAAAUCUCAAUACUCUUUAUAACC